ACAAAAUCAUCAUCAUGAUGAUGAAGAACGUACCGAUAUUGAUCAAAUGAGUGAUUGUGAUGAUCAAAUAAAUGAUAAUGAUGAUGAUCAACAACAAAAACCGGAUCUAGAUACAAUGACAAUGUUAAUGAAUAAAUAUCAUUCAACAUCGACAGCAUCAUCAUCAUCUGAAGCAGCCGCAACAACAACAACAACAACAACAGAUCGACAACAAAUGAUGUUACCAUUAAUGGAUAAUAUAAAAGCGGCUACUACAGCAGCUAAUAUACAAUUAGCUGUUGCUGCCAAUCAAUUUAUACAGAAUGCUGCUUUAGGCAAAUUAUUUGGUCGUUUUGAUCCAUCAUUUGCCAUGAUGCAACCGCUUACAUCAUCAUCAUCGUCAACGACAGCGACAGCGACAACAACAACUAGCAACAAUCAACGACAAUCAAAUAUCGAUGAUGAUAAUGAUGAUGGCAAUAAUAAAAAUGAUCUUAAAAAUUUAUCAUUUACAAAUAAUUCAAUUAAUCAAUCACAUGCAAAUGCACAUGUAAUGGCACAGGCAUUAUUUCAACGAAUAUUACCUGGUCAGGGUAAUAUUUUAUCCGUUCCAGGUGUUGGUGGUCCUCCAUUCAAUACAUUCAAUCCAUUUGGUAUUCCACAUCAUCAACAAAUGAUGAUUGGAAAUCAUCUUCCACCGCCGCAACCACCACCACCACUAUCAUCAUCAUUAAAUCAUCAAACAUCAUCGUCGUCUUCAGUUCCGAUUCCUCCACAAGCUUCGAUGCUAUCGCAACCACCACCAUCAUCGUUACCACCUUCAGUAUUACAUCCAUCAACAGUAAUCGGUGGUUCAAAACCAAAAGUAGCAACACCGGCUGUUGUUGCAAAAAUUGAACAAUAUAAACGUGAAAAUCCAACAAUAUUUGCAUGGGAAAUUCGUGAACGAUUAAUUUCUGAAGGCGUUUGUACAAAUAGUACAGCACCAUCCGUAUCAAGUAUAAAUCGUAUAUUAAGAAAUCGUGCUGCUGAACGUGCGGCUGCAGAAUUUGCACGUAAUUAUCAAAUUGCUGCUGCUGCUACGGCUGUACAUUAUCAACAACAACAACAACAACAAUCAUCACCACCAUCGACGACAACAUCGGCUAAAAUAACACCGGUAACCACCACUACUGUAUCAUCAGCAAAUCCAAUGAUAACAACACAACCAUCAUCCGGUCCAAAUGGUAUAAUUCCAUCAUCAACAACAACAACAGGUUGCAUAAAUCCAGCAUUAUUAGCUGCUUCAAAUCCAUUAUAUGCAGCAUGGAUGGCUUCAUUUGGACAACAAAUAAACGGUAUUGGAUCACCAAAUGGUCAAACAACAAACAAUAAACCAUCAUCAACAACAAUGGUACCGAAUAAUGGUGAUUCAAAUUUUCAAAUUACACAACAAAAAUUGGCACAAUUUUUACCACAACAACAAAUACAACAAAUGUUAGCAAUGGCAGCAAUGGCUAAUAGUGGAAAAUUAACACAAAUUGUUGAUCCAUCAACAUUGUUGAAAUAUCAGCCGCAACAUAAUCAACAAACAAAUCCUGUUAAACAAUCAACAAAACCAUUAUGGAAUCCAUCAAAUAUCAAAACAACAACAACGACAACAAAUGAAGAAUCAUCAAUCAAUAAAGGUAUGUUGCUAUUUUGCGUUUUUCAAUUUGACAAAUCACAAUCACCUUUAACAACAACAAUGACAAUAUCAUCACCAGUAUCAUUAUCAUCAUCAUUAUCACGUUCAUCUUCACCACAAACAUCAACAACAACAAAAGCAACAAGAAAAGUAGAUGAUAAUAAAGAAUCACCACCAAUUGAAUGUAAUGGAAAAUCAUCACCGUCAUCAUCAUCAUCAUCGUCACAACAACAGCAGCAGCAGCAACAACAAUCGUCUGAAUCCAAUCAAGAUUUAUUGAUUUCAAAUUUUCCAUUGACAACAUAUCCAAAUAGCCAAUCGCAUCAUCCACAUCAUUUAUCGGCAUUUGCUGCCGCUAUGGGAUUACAUAAUCCACAAGCAGCAGCUGCCGCAUUUGCAGCGGCUGCUGCUGCAACUGAUCCAAUACAGAAUUCGGCUUUAUUAGCUGGACAUCCUGGCCAUCAUCAUUCUCAUCAUCAUCAUCAUCAUCAUUCUUUAUUAUCAGCAGCUGCCGCAGCAAAUGCAACAAAAUUUCGUCGUAAUCGUACAACAUUUUCACAUGAACAAUUAGAAGUAUUGGAAGAAGAAUUUGAACGUACACAUUAUCCAUGUGUAACAACACGUGAACGUUUAGCACAGGCAACAUCAUUAUCCGAGGCUCGUGUACAGGUUUGGUUUAGUAAUCGUCGUGCAAAAUGGCGUCGUCAUCAACGUAUGAAUGCAAAUCAAUCGAAAUUCGGUGGCGGCGGUGGUGUUGGUAACGAUUAUUCACCCGAUGGUUCACCCGAUUAUUAUCGACAACAACAACAACAACAACAUGAAAGUUAUUAUCAUCAUGGUGAAUCGAAUACAUCAUCAAAUGGAUCACCACCACCAUCAUCAUCAUCUCAACAACAAAAACAAUCAAAAAUCAAUAAUCAUAAACGCCAGAAACAAAAUGAAUUUAAUGAUAAUGAUUCAUUAAUUGAUGAUGAUAUUGAUGAUGAUAAUGAUGAUGAUGGUUCAGAAUUGAUAGAUAUGACAUCGAAUGAUUCAUGUGAUUCAUUUGAUUCAUUUCGUAGACAAAAACGACAAAAAUUAUCCACAACAACAACAACAACAAAUGAUAAUCAAAUGAAUGGUCAGAUUGAUGAUAAACAUCCAUAUAAUGGUUAUAACGAUGAUAUUGAUGAUAAUAAUGAUAAAUCAUUAGAUUCAUCGACAACAAUAACAACAACUGCAUCGACAACAACAACAACAACAACAACAUUACCAUAUCCAACGGCAAAUCAAUUUACAGCAUCAAUGUUUGAAUCUUCUCAUCAUCAUCAUCAUCAUCUAUUUCCACAUCAUCCGGCCCUUUCGAUUCCUUCAUCAUCAUCAUCAUCAACAACGACAACAAAUUCGAACGCACAAAAUAAUUCGCUAAUGAAUCCAUUUAUUGGUUAUGGUGCCAGUGGUCAUCUAGAUCAUUUAUCAUUAUAUCAAUAUAAUCAGGCAUUAUUAGCUGCUGGAUUUCAUUCGAAUCCAUUUCUGAAAUUUACUCAACAACAACAAAUGAAUGGCAGUGGUGGUGGCUUGGAAAAUUCCAAUCAAACCAAUAUUGAUUCAAUUAUCAAUUCUGCUUUUCAUAAAGUUAAAUAAUUCUUUUCGACAACAUACUCUCAUCCAUUAAUUGCAUUCAUUUUUUAUACAUAAUUUAACAUGAUAACCACUAUAUAACCACUAUUCGUGCUAGUCACACAUUUUUCCAAUUACAAAACAAAGCAAAAUCAUCAACUAAUUGAACACUAAUUUAA